UCCCACAAAGUCCACAAUAUACCGUCAUGUCACUUAUUAUGCAGGAGGCGGAGCUUCUGAGGCAACAGAACAUUCGUGUCUGAGCGGAGUAACGACGACUGUAAUAUUAUACAAACAAAAGGCAGGACCCUUCAAAAUAAGGCCAGCCCAACCAUGGGGAAGUCUCUGUUUUCUUUGCCAAAGCAAAAAGAGGACCAGGAGAACCUGACCGAAAACACAGAGUCUCACACUGAGGACGAUAAACAUGAUGUGUCACAGUUUCCAUAUGUUGAAUUCACCGGCAGAGACAGCAUCACCUGUCCUACUUGUCAAGGGACGGGGAGGAUACCUAGAGACCAAGAAAACCAGCUAGUUGCUUUGAUACCAUACAGUGACCAGAGGCUGAAGCCAAGACGAACGACCUUGUACGUGUCUAUAUCAGUCUUUCUGUGUCUGCUACUCUCUGGUUUGGCUGUGUUCUUCCUGUUCCCCCGGACUAUUGACGUCUCUUAUGUUGGGGUGAAGUCAGCCUAUGUCACAUACAAUCGAGACCAGCGGAUAAUAUACAUAAAUCUCACGAAUACUCUGAAUAUCACCAACAAUAAUUACUACCCAGUGCGCGUGGCCAACAUCACAGCACAGGUGCAGUUCUACAAGACUGUGAUUGGAAAGGCCGUCGUCAGUAAUGUCACCAGUAUCACCCCUCUGGAUCUGCGUCAGGUCGAUUUCACUGUUCCCACCAUCAUAGCAAAUGAGAUGAACUACAUAUUUGACUACUGUACUAUGCCAUCAAUUAAAGUGCAUAACAUUGUGGUCAUGAUGCAGAUGACUGUAACUGUCAUGUACUUUGGCCACGCUGAGCAGGUGUCUCAGGAGAAGUACCUGUACGUUGACUGUGGAUCAAACACCACGUCUUCACUUGGACACAAGAGUGUGAUCCAGUGAUGUCCCUCACGUUCCCAUGUGGUGAAACAAAAACCUGUUCUGAGUGUUAAAAAAUGGCAUAAGAUGAAGUCUACUGUAGGGAGAACACGUCAGGACUGAUCAGCAACUUUCAGCCAGAGCGCUGAUGUCUUUCUACUCCAUUAUUAUCAAUUCUUUAGCACAGCACUGGUGGUUUUGCUUGGAUAGACGGAAGCACUUUAGUAUAUUUUGGGAGAAGGGAUGACAGCAGCAGAAUAUUUUACAUAGAGCUGCAAAUACUCAAACCACUUUCACUACUCCAUUACAAUUUUACUUUCUACUGUGCAUUUGUUUUGUGAUGUUAAACAGCGUGCUGUAAUUUCCUUAAGAUCAUGCUCAUUUUAUUGUUAUUUAGCUCUUUGCAGAGCAGGUUCUCUUUAGUUUUUUUGAGUAUGGUGUUAACAUAUCAGCAUGCCAGCUUUCAGAAGUUCAGGAGUUAAUGAGAAUAUUGAAUUAAUCAACAUUUUGGAUUUAAAAAAAAAAUGUGUGUGUGUGUGUGUGUAUAUAUAUAUAUGUGUGUGUUUAUAGGCCAUUCUGAGGCCUAUGCAAAGUUGAACAUCAAACAGGUGUCAUCAUAAAAUAUAUUGAAAUAUAAAUAAUCUAAAGUUACCACACAAGGAAUACCAUAUUUGUUAAGAGAAAAAAAAGUAAUGAAAAAGAAGGAAGUUUAUUAAUUUUGUAUUAUAAAAAUGGACUUUUGUUAAUUGUUCUUAAAUCAUUUCUUCUGCCACAUUUUAGUCAAAUUCUACCAUAAUUUUUCUUCUUUUUGGUGUUGAUGUAUAUUAUUGAUGAAUUAGAUGUUUCUCGUUCACAUUUGCUUAUCUUGUUUUGUUGGAAUGGCACUUUUACAUCAAAACCGUUUUUAAAUUGUAUUUAUUUAAAUGUUAUCUUAGGGAAAUCAAUAAAUUACAUUCCUUCGAUGAA